UUACACCGGGCAGUUUGACUCAUGUCUGUGGUGCGUGACUGCUGACACUCCUCUCCGAGCAUGGACAACAUCUCAGUGCAGAUUUGACAUCUAAGAAACGUCCCUUCCGUUCACCUCUUGGAUUAUGAGUUCCUCUACAAACAGUUUGGAUGAUGUAUCAGCAGACAGCAGUGCUGAGUUCCCGGACAGAGCAUCCAUGAUGGAGGUGCGUCUGCAGGCACAAGAAGAUGAGAUCACGCUGCUGAAGUCUUCAUUAGCUGACGCCCUACGCAGGAUCCGCCUCCACGAUCAGCUACUGCCAUUACUGAAACAGCAGCUCAUUGCAGUGAACCCGGCUGCUGCACGAGUGCUGAAUCAAGUGUGCUGCUCCGAUGGUUGCACCAGCAGCAGGAAACUGUCGUCCAGCUCAGCCGUUGAUGGGAGCCGCCAUGCUGACGCCAGCCAACUGUCAGAGAGCAUUGUGACCAAUGCCAAUGGUCACAUAGGAGGCCUGAAGUCCCUAGAACCCAGACCAGGACCAGUAACACUGGACAGGUCAACCCAGACAGAUCCCAUUAUCAGAGGGCAGGACGCUGUGCAAGACGGGAUCUCUCUCUCCAGAUGUGUCAAGAGCCUGGAACUGGAGGACGCCCUCCCUCCAGGACAGCCGGUUGAGGGGACACGGGCCAAGCUCCACCGUGUCCCGGGGAUGGAAGAGGAGGACGAGGAGCAGGAUGAAGAUGAAGAAGCAGGAGGGGAGCAGGAAAAGGAGCUGAGUUGGACGUCAUCAGUAGAGGAGCCCAUCCAGCCCACCACAAUCAGAGGCUUGCAGAGGGAUGACUACCAGGAUGGAAGCUCCUCCCCAGAGGAGGUGGCUUCUCCCUCGGCUUCAGUCAGAACCUCCGACCCGAACCUGAGCUCACGCUGCGGACCCCUGGCCACCAUCCAGGAAGGACAAAAGGCGCCUCUGGUUCGUAGAAACAGUGAGAAGCUGGGGAACCCAGAAAGGCAGAGGAAGCGUCUGGAUAAGAAGGCGGCGUCCUCGGCUAACCUCCUAGCGCGCUCCCCGAGCUUGGAGAACCGAGCUAAGGAGAUGAUUGCCGGUGCAGGAUCCCCCGGGUCCAGAAGAGGAACCUACAGCCAAGGACAGUCAAUUAAAAUGUUCAUCCGAGGCCGGCCGAUAACCAUGUACAUCCCGUCUAACAUCCAGAACUAUGAGGACUUGAAGAUGGAGCCGCCCUCGGAGAGACUGGAGCUUGACUGGGUCUAUGGUUACCGGGGACGUGACUGUCGGGCCAACCUGUACUUUCUCCCUACAGGCGAGGCAGUGUACUUCAUCGCCUGUGUCAUUGUGCUUUACCACAUCAACAACCGAACACAGCGGCACUAUCGCCAACACACAGACUGCGUCCGCUGUCUUACCCUUCAUCCUGACAAAGUGCGAGUGGCAUCUGGCCAAUCAGCAGGGGUGGACAAAGACGGCAAGCCCCUGCAGCCCUGUGUUCAUAUCUGGGACUCCACUUCCCUGGUCACACUGCAGCAGAUCGGCCUGGGAACCUUCCAGAAGGGAGUGGGAUCAGUUGCAUUUUCUUUUGCCGACUCUGGAGCCUUCCUGUGUGUGAUCGAUGACUCUAAUGAGCACAUGCUGUCAGUAUGGGACUGCAACAAGGGCACCAAGUACGCAGAGGUCAAGAGUACCAACGAGGCUGUGUUUGCUGUGGAGUUUAACCCAAGCGACAGCACCAGUAUCAUCACCUGUGGUAAAUCCCACGUCUACUUCUGGACUCUCAAUGCUGGCCAGUUCACCAAGAAACAAGGAAUCUUUGGAAAAUACAAGAAGCCCAAGUUCAUCCAGUGCUUUGUGUUCAGUCUGACUGGAGAUGUUCUGACUGGAGACUCUGAAGGCAACAUCCUGACGUGGGGAAAGUCAGCUGCAGAUAUCAAAACUCUGGGGAAAGGAGCCAAAGAGACCCUGCAGAUAAUGCGUCAAACCAGAGCCCAUGAAGGCAGCGUGUUCACCCUGUGCACGCUGCAGGGCGGCGGUCUGCUCAGUGGAGGAGGGAAAGACCGCAAGAUCAUCCGCUGGAGUGCUGAUCUGGCACCUGAGAGAGAGUGUGAGAUUCCAGAAAACUUCGGGGCAGUCCGCACCCUCGCCGAUGUGGAUGGGGAGGAACUGUUGGUUGGUACGACACGAAACGCGAUCCUCAGGGGCACCUUCUCGGACGGAUUUGUGGCCAUUGUGCAGGGUCAUGUAGAUGAGAUGUGGGGACUGGCCACACACCCCUCCCGGAGCAUCUUCCUCACCUGUGGUCACGACAGGCAGGUGUGUUUGUGGAACACAGAGGAAUAUAAGCUGGACUGGUGCAUCAGCCUGGAGGAAUAUGGACUGUGUGCUGACUUCUGCCCUAAUGGAUCGGUGGUGUCAGUCGGCCUCAACACAGGAAGGUGGUUGGUCCUUGACCUGCUGACCAGAGAGGUGGUCUCUGAAUCCACUGAUGGGAACGAGCAGCUGUCUGUCAUGAGAUACUCCCCAGAUGGAAGCUUUUUAGCUGUUGGGUCUCAUGACAACUUCAUUUACAUCUACAAUGUGACAGAGAGCGGCCGGCGCUACAUCCGCUUCGGGAAAUGUAAUGGUCACUCCAGCUUCAUAACUCACCUCGAUUGGUCCAAAGACGGGAAGUACAUUAUGUCCAAUUCUGGCGACUAUGAGAUCCUUUACUGGGACAUCGCAGCAGGGUGCAAACUGUUGAGGAAUCGCUUUGAGAGCAAAGACAGAGAGUGGGCCUCCUACACCUGUGUGCUGGGCUUCCAUGUCAUGGGGGUGUGGUUAGAGGGCUCCGACGGCACAGACAUCAACGCCCUGUGUCGCUCUCAUAGCGAGAGGAUGGUGGCUGUAGCUGAUGACUUCUGUAAAGUCCACCUCUUCCAGUACCCCUGUCCUAAACCAAAGGCACCGAGCCACAAGUACGAGGGCCACGGCAGCCACGUCACCAACGUCUGCUUCACCCACAGUGACUCCCACCUGCUCUCUAUGGGCGGGAAGGACACCUGCAUCCUUCAGUGGAAGGUGGUCGGAGGCUGUGCAGUCGACAGCAGGGAGAGACUGGCCUCUGCCUCAUCCACCUCCACCAGCUCUCCAGAACCCACCACCGGCUAGGGGGGAGUAGUUUAUGAAGAGUGACAGAGAGGGAGUCGUUCACACGAAGACAGAGGGACGUGUUAGUCAGUGGACAGCGGCCACAGCUGUCGUCUCGGUUUGGCCUCUGUGAUGCCACUGCUGGGUCCCGUUUCAUGCACGACAUGUAGAGGAAACCUCUUCAGGAGGAGCAGCCAUAUUCACUUUCCACAUGCAUGCCUCCAUAUCAAUGUAAAUUCCUAUGAAACUGAACUGUGGGAUACUUUUCACUGCAGAGAUUAUCUGUCACUCUGUUGGAUAUUUGGUGAGGAUCAGGAGAAGUGGUUGUGUAUGUUUGCUGGUACAGAACAUGACUUCUGCGGUAUCAAGUUUAUUGUCAAUUCGGACACAUGUACAGGACAUAGACGGGAUUGAAAUGCUGUUUCUCUCUGAUCCCCGGUGUUAACAUAUUAGUAGACAGAACAUAUAAGUACGCAACAUAUUAAGUACUCAAAACAUAGUUCAUAAUACAACAAAGUAUGCAGUCAAAGGCACACUGUGGCUAGGAUGAUAUGAGUGCAAACUGGAAUAGUGCAACAAAUAAAUAGAGAGUGCAAAAAUACUUCAUAGAAAGUAAUGUACACGCACAGGCUGUAAAUAGCAUUUAAAGAAAGCAGCACUUGUAGUGUGAUGAGCAGCAUUUACAGUUAUAGAAAAGACAAGAUUAUGAGGUGUUCUCAUUGAAAAGGAGUCCAGGUUGAUUCAGUAACAGUUCUUCGUUGAACAUUCCUAUGUUUUCAUUGAUGUUUCUUACCAAACUUAACCAGAGCUGUGCACUUUGGUAUAGGCCAUUGUGCUUAUCAAGAUGUUUGCUUAAAGUUUUUUUUAACAUGAUUUUCAUAUUUUUAACUGUUUGGUUGACAUCUCAGCUAAUACUGAAGCUGGUUUUAACUUUACAUUAGACAGACUGUGACAAACCUAUUAUACUGAAAUCAACCCUCAGCUUAUUUGACUUCCUUACAGUUGAUAGUAACAUUUGAACAUGAUUACUUAAGUACAGUUUUAUAUAUAUUUAAAAGAACAUUAAGACGACUGUGAUAUUUUAUCUGUCAAGCUCCCAUUAAAUUUCUGCAGACUGGAAAGUGUAUUGUGUGGGAAGUUUCACUAGUGGGCAGUGCUGCUCCAGGAACAAUGUGCUGUGCUGUUUCUGUUAGUGGAGGGAAAAACACAUGUUCCUCCCCCUCAUGGCCCAGACCAUAAGAGCUCAUAUUGAACCCCAUUGGUGAAAAGGGUUUGGAAACGUUCAGUUCAAACUGUGCUGACAAAGGACAUUUCACAGUUGAAGUCAGUUAGUAUCCCUUAAACCUGAACAGUGAUCCAACAAGUAAUCAGAUCCUUUAAUUAAUCAAUACUACAAUGUAUCAUACUAUUAUAUAUUAUAACUAUUAUGAAUAAAAAAAAUUAUUUGAAGUUUAAAA